AUGGAAAGCAAUCAUCGGCCCGGAAUCAGUGAAUUCGUCAAUGAAAAUGUUCGAGUCACACGCAACGCCUCCGAAGAUCUUGCAGAUACCGUGGCCUAUAUAAAUCGAUUGGCGAAGUUUCUCUUGGGUGCUGAGGACGCAGUCAACGAUUUUGUUCAGAACCAGAACACUUUCCCUUUUCUGAGGGUGAGCGCUGAACGCGCUCUAAGUCUGGAACAAUGGCAAAUAGCGAAAGAAUUUCUAGAAACGAGGAUUGAGACUAAAGAUGAAGCCCCGGGUCCGCAAGAGGAGGAGACAUUUGAUGCUAUGUCCAGCCUUGCUGUCUGUUACGUUGCCCUUGGCCAAUGGCAGAAAGCUGUAUCAUUGCAGGAAACGUUAUUAUGGCAAAACCGAAAGCACCUAUCAGUUGAGAAUCCCGCUAUUCUUACCGCAAUGAGCAAUCUGGCGCAAACAUAUCAGGCCGCGGGUCGGCUCUGGGAAGCACGAUCGCUGAAUCAAGCCGUGGUUGAAACGAGCCAUAACAUCCUUGGACCGGCUCACCCACGCACACUGACCGCGAUUGGUAACCUCGCGCGCGUUUACCAUUAUCUUGGCUGCACAGAACAUGCAUUGGAAUGGUGUGAGAGGGCCAUGAGCUCCAGCAAGACCUUCUUGGGGGACGAGCAUCCACACACGCUCAUUGCUGUCGGGCUUCUUGCCAAUUUCCAACGCGAAGUUGGACGACUCCAUGAAGCUGCGGAUUUGAACAGAACUUUAGUGCGAUUGAGGAGUACAGCACACGGUCCUGAACACCCAAGGACACUAGAAUCAAUGAGUGAUCUGGCAGACUGCUAUCAAGAUAUGGGAUGCCAAAGUGAGGCUGCUCAGAUAUACUCUACCGUCAUGGAAACCUCCCUUCGCUGCUUAGGACCUGAUCACCUGAGCACCCUGGCUGCUAAGUGCCAAAUGGCAGCCGCAUACAAUAGAUCUGGUGACCUUUCCCAAGCCAUCGAGCUCCAAGAAAAAAUUGUUCGGUCUCAGAAGGAGGUGCUGGGAAGUCAGCAUGGAGAAUCGCUCACGGCCAUGAAUAGCCUGGCCAUUUACUACAGCCGACAAGGGCGAAAGAGAGAGGCAGCUGAUCUCCAUUCGUUUGUGGAAGGCGCAGCAUACAAGGUGUUGGGCGCAAUGCAUCCUAGCACAUUGAUUUUCCGAAGCAACCUUGCACAUAGCUAUUUGCAUCUUGGAUUUAAUGAGGAAGGCUAUCGUAUCCUAGUCGAUGUACAUAUGACGAGUUGCAAGGCUUUGGGUGACAACCAUCCGAUUUCGCUAAUGGCCAGUGACUGUUUGAAGACUGUUCCGGGCUCAAAGGAUCGAAUAUUGGCGGCGCGUGAUGAAGCCGGAGAUAUUAUUAGGACCUCCCCAGCUGCUCAUCAAAAGUUUUCGGUGGAAGAAUCGGACAAGGAAGAGACGCCAAAAUUGCUCGAGGGCUGA